AUGUUGCCUCUCGGUCUCUUGAACGCGGCGCAAGGCCACCCCAUGCUUGUCGAGCUGAAGAGCGGAGAAACCCUCAAUGGUCACUUAAUACAAUGCGACACCUGGAUGAACCUGACGCUCAAGGAGGUGAUACAGACGAGUCCGGAAGCAGACAAAUUCGUGCGCCUUCCCGAGGUCUACGUGAAGGGAAACAACAUCAAAUACCUCAGAACCAACAACACGGACAGCAGGGCGGCGGCUACAGAGGACGCGGUGGACAGCGUGGAGACCACGGCGGAAGAGGAGGCGACAGAGGUGGACGCGGCGGCCGGGGCCAGGGAAGAGGGCGUGGUAGAGGCCGAGCGACCCGCCUCCCGCAUCUUCCGCACAAACGACCGACUUUUCAAACCCGCCGCCUUGCUCCAAGCCCGCAAAGACAAUGCCGACGCGAGUUUCGCCGUGUCCCGUAUGGGAACGGGACAGGCACAGUCCACACACGCCCACGCCAUGAUCAUGACGCGGUCGAGCAAUCGCAAAUUGGACAGGAUACCAACCACGACUAUCUAUGCGGCCCUGCAGGAGCUUCCACAAGUGGAAGGCACGUACCACUCCAUAGUGAAGCUCGUGGAAUACCUGGUGCAAGAAAGAGAUCAAAAGCCGAACGUCAGGCUCUACGAAUGUCUCAUCCGAGCCAACAUCGACAAGAACCACGGCUCUGCCGAGGUUGCUGGCCGACUACUGCAGGAGAUGAUCUUGUACAAGAUCGCAGCGACACCGCAAAUCUACCAAGCUCUGUUAGAAGUCACAGCUGUGCAUCCUGAUUACGUCCUUCGGUCUACGGUACUCUUCGACAUGAAGAACCGAUGGUACUCGGUCACUCCAAAUGACCAAAUAAGCAUCAUCGUCGGGCUGUUGCGAGAUGGACAAUACGAGGUUGCGCUCGCGCAGUUGGAGGAGAUGAACAAGAAUCCCAGCGCAAUCCCCUUGUGGCUUUAUGAUGUCUUCCUCUACGUUUUCGGCGAUCUAGGUUUUCACGACGAAGCCUUUGCCAUUCUGAAACAUCGUCAGCGAAUUGCCGAUAUACUCGAUAGCCCCUUAUCAUUGAGUGCCUUGCAAUUUUUACUCGACGCAUUCAGCAGAGAUGCCUUCUACCCUGGCAUCAAAUACAUAUGGGACCGUUUCGUUACGCCAGGGUAUCUUAACCCUUCCGACGCCGUCACUACGAAUAUACUCAAUGCGGCGUCGAGACACGGUGACACGGCUUUAGCCAUUGGUACGAUCCAGGCGUUGUCGGCCCGUGGUAGGAAAUUGGACCUGCAUCAUUACGAAGCUCUGAUCCACGUCCACAUUCAGCAUGGAGAUCUUCGAAAGGCAUUCAUCAUUAUGUGUAUUAUGCACAAAGCCGGCCUCUCUCCAGACUUGUCGAGCACGCGAUCGAUAUUCUGGAUGCUCCGCGAUUCAUCAGCCGCAACCGACAGCGCGCUCGAGAUUCUUCAUGAGCUCAGGUUGCGAUACACGGUUCCAAGCGCUGCUUUCAACGUCAUACUGGAGGCUACUGAGAUUCAUCGGAGCUUCAAGGUUGCGUUGGACAUGUACCGGAGUGUGCGACAAAUAUGUGCGGACGGUCCAGACAUCGAGACGUACAAUGACAUCCUGCUGCGCCAUUGCACGUACCGAAAAAGCAUGAACUUCCUUGUGGCAGAGAUGGAAGCUUUCUCCAUCGUUCCCAAUAAGACUACCUACGAUCAUCUCAUUCGGAUUUCCACCCUGCAAGAGGACUAUGAAACGGCAUUCCAGUACCUCGAGGCGAUGAGGGCCCGUGUAAUUCCUGGCCUGCCAGAGGGCUGGUGGAUGAGCAAAGACUCGGCUCUGGCCCUCAUUCGGAGGUGUAUCUUAGCAGAGGACUUUAGGGUCGAGGACAUCAUCAAGCAAUGUCGAAGUCGAGGCAUGGCUAUUGACGGAGAGCUGCAGGCAUUGGUCGAGAAAGUCCAGCAGCCCAAGCAGGCCAAACAGUCGGAAACUGGAACAGCUGCUGGGGAGCAGAUAUCAUCGGGUCAGGUCGUGGUUGGAACGUUGCUGGAGCCGCAAACUCCAACAGUUGACGUUCAGUCUAUGUCAGCCUGA